GACAGAAAAUAAUAGUGAAAGAAGCCAGUGGGAAAGUGUCCCUGGAAUGUCAAGUCCCUGGGUCAAGUCAAGUCACGUGGUCGAAAGAUGGGAAUAUCAUGGGAAACACAACACGGCUGGACUUGGGUUCAGUUUACGAUGACCCCAGAGGCAUCUAUAAAUGUAGCAGUGAGGGUAAAGCUUCGAACCUCCAGGUCCACUAUCGAAUGUGCCAGAACUGCAUUGAAGUGGACGCUGCCACCAUCUCGGGGAUCGUGGUCGCAGAUGUUGUCGCCACCGUCUUCCUGGCGGUUGCUGUGUAUUGCAUCACCGGCCAUGACAAGGGACGCAUGUCACGAGCUUCUGACAGGCAGAACCUGAUUGCCAAUGAGCAGCUCUACCAGCCCCUUGGCGAGCGGGAUGAUGGACAGUACAGCAGGCUGGCACCUGCCAAAGCCCGAAAAUGA